CCGCCCCGUAGUGGAGAUGAUGGGAGGGGCGCCGGGACCGGCCCGCCGCGCGCCUUAGAGGUUCGCUCCGGAGCCUGCUUGCUGCAGCGCUCGGAGUUGGCGGCGCCGCUUGUCGGAACGCUGCGCGCUUCGCUGUCCGCUUGUCCGCUUGGAGUUCUUGCUGUUCUCUCGGAAGCCUCUCCUCCCACUCACCCCGAGGGAACAUGUCCAGGCUCAGCUGGGGAUACUGCGAACACAACGGCCCUAUUCAUUGGAGUGAACUUUUUCCAAUUGCUGAUGGUGAUCACCAAUCUCCAAUUGAGAUUAAUACCAAAGAAGUGAAAUAUGAUUCUUCUCUCCAGCCUCUCAGUAUCAAGUAUGAUCCAACUUCAGCUAAAAUAAUCAGCAAUAGUGGUCAUUCCUUCAAUGUGGACUUUGAUGAUUCAGAAGACAAAUCAGUUCUGAGAGGAGGUCCCCUCACUGGAAUUUACAGACUACGACAAUUUCACCUUCACUGGGGCUCCACUGAUGAUCAGGGCUCUGAGCAUGCAGUAGAUGGAAUGAAAUAUGCAGCAGAGCUCCAUGUGGUUCACUGGAAUUCAGACAAGUACCCCAGCUUUGUUGAGGCAGCUCAUGAACCUGAUGGAUUGGCUGUUUUAGGUAUUUUUUUACAAAUUGGUGAACAUAAUCUACAACUGCAGAAAAUUACUGAUAUUUUGGACUCCAUUAAGGAAAAGGGUAAACAAAUCUGUUUCACCAAUUUUGAUCCAACAACUCUACUUCCUCCAUCAUGGGACUACUGGACAUACCCAGGCUCCCUUACAGUUCCACCUCUUUUGGAGAGUGUCACUUGGAUAGUUUUAAAGCAGCCUAUAAAUAUCAGCUCUCAACAGCUAGCCAAAUUCCGAAGUCUCCUGUACACUGCAGAGGGUGAGGCAGCUGCCUUCUUGUUGAGCAACCACCGUCCACCACAACCUCUGAAGGGCCGCAAAGUGAGAGCCUCGUUUCGCUAAAAGUUUUCCCUGAAAACAGCUGAAACAGAUAGAUGGGACUGUGGAAGGGCCUUCCCUUUAAAUUCACCUAGAGUGAUUUGCUUGAAACCUUAUUUAGUUUAUGGGCACGACAUUUUGAAGACUGAAGUCCUGAAUUUAUUUAUGAUGAAAGAGCACGUCUUUAAAUCUUUAGUGCAAAAUGUAAUUUGGUCGCCCCAGAUUAACACGUUAGCACACAUGCAUUAAAUGUUGUUUGUCUUGUCUCAGACUGUGAUAUUACCUUCAUGUCCAUUGGUGAGAAAGUAUCCUAAACAAUACACCUUGCCAGGGAAGCCAAAUUGCUCACUUCUCUUAAGGAAUUUUUAAUUAAAAACUGAAUUUUGUUUUUAAUGUUAGUAGGAUUUUACUAGUUCUAGUACCAAUGAAUCUGUUUAGCAAAUUAAUUGAGAGUUUUAAAAUUUGUAGCCUGUGGGUGCUGUCUCUUUUUAAAAUAAAUCUUUUGUCUUAAUUGCCAAUUUAGGUAUUUGGAAUUUUUUUUUUUAAAGAAUUAAUGUAUUAGUCAUUAAGGGACAUGGAGCAAACUAUUAAAUGAAUGCAUCUGAGAGAGCCUGGAUUAGUGGAUAUAGAUCUUCCAUCCAAGCAGGAAGGCAAGUCACUUCAACUCUCAGUGCCCCAGCCUAUUCUUAUACGUACUGUGAGUUACAGAACAGUUGCCAUUUGAUGGAGGAAAUUCUCUGGAGAGAUGAAAUCCAGACUAAAUAGAAUAAAUCAAAAAGUCUAGAGGCCAAGCAUGACUAAUAAAAUAUGUGGCAGAAUAAUCUGCUAAUUGUAUUAUAAGGAAUAAAUUGGUACUUGAUACUAUAUUUGACUUUUGCCAUAAAAACACAUUUUUAUUAGCUCAUUUGGAAACAAACAGAAAUUUUUAAAACUGUGUGGAGUUCUCUAUUAUCUUAUAAAGUGACUUUUGUAGGCUUCAUUGUAUUUCGCAGGCAAACCUACGCCUAGAGUAUGGCGUGAACAUAAUGAUCCAUUGGCUCUAGGCUUUCCCUCCUCCAACACAGAUACUUGCCAGUGACUGAAGGAACUAAUCCUAUUUCAGAGAAAGGGUAGGAAUAGGGAAAGAACUGCAUUGAUUUGCUAGCUGGUGCUAAAAUUACCAGAAAUUCAUGUCUAUAUACUACUCACAAAUUUUGGGGUGCAGUAUACCCUACUUCACUUCCACAUUUGGUGAAUAAUUAUUAUGGUUUCUUUCUGGCUUUUCUAGGUGUCCACUUUAUUUUAACUUGAUGUAACUUGGUAUUAAAAGUCUCCUCUGGGGUUAUCUCAAUUCAUUUUUACUAUUAAAUGAAUUAAAUGACACUAAAUAGAAUAUUUUACUGUUUCCAGAUGGUUAUAAUUAAUUUUCUUUGUUCUUGAUUUUUUUUUUUUGAGAAAGUGUUGAUUCUGUAGAUUUGUUUUUCUUUGAUUUUACAGAUUUGUUUGAUAUUCAACUUUAUUUGAAAAUGGAUUUUAACUAUGAAUUUGUUUCGAAAUAUUUUCUCAGAGUAAUUUGGUAUUAAAUACAUAAUUGUAAUAAUUGUGUUUUAUAUUUUGGUUCAAUUUAAUUUGAAAUUCUUUGAACAUUUAUAUUUCUUCUUGAGACUAAUAUACCAAGAGUAAAUUGAAUGUUAAAAAAUAACCUCAGGUCAAAUGUCUUUAUGAUAUAGUUUUUAAAAGGGGAAUUCUGAUUAAAUUCUGAUUAAUUGAACUUAUACACAUGCUUUUGAGUUAUAAUUGUUCUAAAAAUACCUGUGUUGAAAAAAAGAAACCAAUUUGAAAAAGUUAACUGUGAAAUCUUGUAGUUGGUUAAAUAGCCUUGUUUUUCUCAGAAAAUCUAGGAAUAUAGAACUGGAGAAUAUAGCCCUAAUUGUGGUGUUCCUGAGUUAUUGUUUCGGUAUUAUAUAUGAAUUUCUUUUUCUAUACAUUUGUCUUUCAAAUUUACCCUCAGGUUUGGCACAGCACCUAGACAAGCUAGUUCUUUACCUGCAGAACCUGGUGUCUUGGUUUCUGGCAUCACUUCUGCUCUAGAUCAUGCAAGUUUGCUCCUAUAACCUCUCUUCCCUUUCUUUUCUUCUUAGCAGCUGUUUUUUCC